AAGACACUAACUGAAAGGUUGGGAUGGCCUAACGUAGUACUCCGUUGUAGCUUGGCGUAUUGGCCUUGGGCCUUAUUGGGCCGUGGGAGGUCAUGGCUCUCGUCGGCUGCAGCAACGGCGAGGCGGCGGCGCCGGCGGCGACGUGGACGCCGCCGUACUGCACCGUCGUGGCGGCCGACAUGUCCGACUUCUGCUACCUCUCCUGCCCGCGCUGCGAGCGGGCGCUCCCGGACCACGCCGACGCAUGCGCCGCCUGCACCGGCCGCGGCGGCGGCGGAGGCCCGGUGCCCGCGCGCGUCUACCGCCUGCGCGCCUCCGUGGCCACCCACGACCGCGUCGUGCCCGUCGUGCUAUUCGACCGCGCGGCGCGCGUGCUGGUCGGCUGCCCCGCCGACGAGCUCGCGCGCUUCUUCGCGGCGCACGCGGGGGCCGCGCGCGCCGCGGAGGAGGCCCUGGAGGGGGAGGUGUGCCGCGUGGCGAUGCGCGCGUUCGCGAAGGGAGCCGCCGAGCGGUUCCGCGCCGUCUCCGUCGUGCCUCUCCGCGACGGGUUCCGCCCCCUCAUCGACACCCUGAGGGAGCUGUACUGCACGGCUGAUCCCACACCGGCGACGUCGCCACCUCCUCGCUUGGAGGUUGCAGAAUCAAUCUUCCAAUUCUGAACAGCCAACUGAACACCAGUUGCGUCCGGGGCUGUUUGGAGUUAAGGGCAGCACAAAGAUGCAAGAGACACGAAGCUGAUCAGUCACAUUCAGAUGCUCCAAGGACGUUAUGCACAGUACAACACCCUCUGAUCAAUCGUAGUAUCCAGCACCGGCGCUUAUGUGGAGCUCUGAAUCUAAUGAUUGAUCCACCUGUGCUGCUUGUGACUAUGAAGACGAUGUGCCAACGAGAAACUAUGCAAAACUGCAUAUCCAUGCUUGAUCAGUUCAGUUCAGCGUUCAAGAAUGUGCAUGUCUUAACCAUUUCCUGCAUGUGUAUAGUAUGGUUUUUACUGUACUACUGGCAGAGAUCAUAUCCUGUGGAAGUUUACCAUGAUACUAGUUCGGCAAUUAACUGAAGAUGUGGACCACUGUCCACUAUUAAAGGAAAAGCUCAUCAUUUAGGCCUAAUCCAUUGGUUGGGCAGCUACUCAACUGUUCUUCCCUUCAGUUUGUCAAUGAAACGUGUGUCGGUAUGUCAUAUGAUUGGGAAGAUGAAUUAUAUAUGUGUGAAUUAAUAGAAUUAUCAUAUGAUUGGGAAGAUGAAUUAUGUGAACAGUGAAUUAAGUUUCUGAAAAAAAGUUAAGAUA